GAUCGGAUGGAUACAUCUGACUUACCGCAAGAUCAUCCGUGUUACAUUGCCGAAAGAAAGAAAAUUCCAGGCCUGUUUUCCGAUGAAACAAAAUCAGAAGUAAUGACAGAGUUUUGUGCUCUCAGAGCCAAGUCUUAUGCAUAUAAGAUCAAUGGCAAGGAGAAUAUCAGGGCGAAAGGAAUUCGUGGACAUGUGGUAAAAAACCAUAUGAACUUUAAAGACCAUUAUAUGUUUGGUGAAGCCGGCGUGGAGGUGUAUAAAGAAAAUGUAUCGAUACGCUCGUUCAAACAUCAAUUGAAGACCAUUAAAUCAAGCAAAUUAACUUAUAAUAGUUUCGAUGACAAGAGGGUUAUACUUGAGGAUAAAAUACAUACCUUGGCUCACGGCCACUACUCUAUAGACUGA